CCCUGGCAUUGCUCCUGAUGUCAAUGUCAAGGCGCUCAAGCUUUGGCAGAUGGGGAGGGCUUCUGGAAAGCAGCAAGCUCGUCGAAAUGCAAAUCACCAUCUUGCGGAGACACCUGAAAAGCCCUGGAAAGCACCUGAAGGGAGACCACCAUCGAGCAUUUUAUCCACAUAAUAUAUGGCACUAGCAGAAACAGAGCGAACGCAACUCACCGACAUUUGAGCGCCUUGCGUUUCAUUCCAAAUUUAGCAAAGGUGCCCGCGCACUGGCAGCACCUCAUUGGUGUUGGGCAAGCGCAUUUCCUACCUGACUACAAGUUCUUCAUAGUGGACUGCUUCCACCAUCUCUGCAUCAGUCAGCACUCUUGGGUUUACUUCUUAGAGUCAGUCUACUGCAAUUCAUAUCUCUAGCAUGGCUGAGCAUCCAGGGUUAUACGGCUCUCCCUCCCGGCCCUACUCCAUGCGCGCCUCCCUCAUCAUCCCAGAUGACGCUUCGGACGAUUUGGACCCAUCUACGGUCCGUUCGGACGUCUUUUCUGCGGCCUGGCACACCGUCCAAAAGCAAUGGCGCCACCACCGGCACUCCAUUCUAGUUGGCGUCAUCCUAGUCGUCUGCUUCGCUCUGGUCAUGUGCUUUUUCACAACCCAGGGGGCUGUGGUUGCCCAGAGCCGAGCCCCCCAGAAGACCUGGCGCACGAUUUCCCAUCUAAUGAUUGUGAAUACAACGGAGUUCCAGGCAUUUGUUGGGCCGCUUGCAGAGAUGACGAUGAAUGCGCAGACGUGGCCAAGGGCGCAGCCAAUAGCGGGGUGGCAGCUGGCAGGGGAUCCCCUUGGGUUUGUGGGUUCGGUGAAGGGGGGCAUGCACGCUUUGACGUAUGUGGAUGUUGACUUCAACAACACGCGCCAGGUCGUGAUCGCGUUCCGGGGGGUAAAUCCUGCGGACACUUUGGACGGGCUUGCGGACCGGUGCGCGGACUUCCUGCUCUGGUACGGCGGCUACGAGAACGCCAAGAGCAGCGACUUCAUCGACUUCGCGUUCGAGUGCCAGGAGAAGUUCAACUACCGCACCCUGGGGUACUACUCCCAGGCGAUCGACCACACCAGGAGCGUGCUCGCAGCUUACCCCGGGGCGUCCAUCCUACUGACCGGUCACGGCAUGGGAGCGGGGCUCGCGUUGCUCGUUUCGGCCUCCAACCUGUCACCCGAGACGGGGCCUAUGCCGGUCAUCGCGUUUAGCGCUCCGAGCGUCGGCCACGCUUUGCAGGCGCGCAACCUCAAGAUGUGGAAGGCCGAGAGCAGCCUUGCUUACAUCAUCGGGGACAGGUGGGACCGGGAGAUGAGCAUGACGGACGACGUGAUGAAGGGCCACGUGUGCGCGUACGAGACCCCGCGGCCCGACUCGUGCGCCACGUGUCAGGCACAGCAGGCGGCCGCGGCCGAGCACAGGCACAGGCGGUUGCUCGAGCACUCCAAAGGCAUCGUUACCGAGCCGUCGGUCAGUCCAGAGUGCAAGGAAUGUUCCGAGAGGACUCACGAUUUGAGCCACGUGAUUGCGCUUCUGACAACGCAACAGCGACCGUACUGCACGUGAACACGCCAAAAACUUUAGCAGAGUGCUGGUUCGUCAUGCAAGUUGUUCAAUCGGAACCAGCGGCAUGGGUAGAGUGAAUCGUUAGAGAGUCAGGUCCAGCCAGUGAACCCUCCAAGAGAUAACCCCGAUCAGAGAUUCCAGCAGGUACCGUGUCUUUGAAGUUGACUGAACGGACCAACAGGCAAAUCAAAGUCAAGAGGCAAGUUCGAACAAGCGGAUUGCUUUCAGAACUUUGACCCGGGAGUUGCGUAGUCUGAAGGAUGCUGGAGCUUCUGCCUUGAGUGACCAAUCCCCUGGGAAACCUCCGGAUUGGAUGCGCAGCUUUGAAGCAAGCUUUACAAACCGCGAAGCGGAAGCGAAUCAAUCUGGUGAUCAGCC